UUUUUUUUGUAGCAUCAAACUUAGAUAAAUGUCAAAAUCAGAUGAGGAAAAUUGGCGCGCAGUCUACGAAAGGAAGAAAAAUAUAGUUGAAUGUCAUGUUUUAAAGCUUUUAUUUACAGAGAUCUGUUUAUGUGGAGUGGGAUUAAAAGCGUGUUUACCUUAUUUUUAUUUUGACACUGCGCAAAAUGAGUGGUAAAUCUCCAUGCUAUGUUUGGGAUGAAAAACUAAUUGAAGAAUGCGACCGAUUGCCAGCUGUCGAAAAAAGGGCUACCAUGGUACACGAUUUAAUAAAGGCUUACAAUCUCCACAAACGGCUUACGGUCGUGAGGUCUGUCCCAGCAACCUACAAAGAUAUGAAAGAAUUCCAUUCUGAGCAAUAUCUCGAUCAUUUGAAGAAGUUCAUUGAAGUUGAUGACGAUUAUAUGAGUAACACUCAAGAUGAGGAGUAUGGCAUUGGAUAUGAUUGUCCUCCUGUCUCUGAUAUGUUCGGAUUGGUGUCAACCAUUGCUGGUGGCUCUUUAACUGCAGCCAGGUGCCUGCUGCUUGGGAUGACUAAUGUUGCAAUCAACUGGUGCGGUGGUUGGCAUCAUGCACACAGGUCCCGGGCUGAAGGCUUCUGUUAUGUUAAUGACAUUGUAAUAGCUAUUGAGCAAUUAAGGAAAAAGUUUCCUAAAGUAUUAUACAUUGAUUUGGAUGUGCAUCAUGGAAAUGGCGUACAAGAUGCAUACAGCCAGUCUAAAUCUGUAUUUACUCUCUCUUUCCACAAGUUUGAACCAGGAUUUUACCCUGGGACUGGCAACAUUGAUGAAAUUGGCAAAGACAAUGGGACAGGAUACUCAUGUAACUUUCCUUUGCAUGCUUCAUAUUGUGAUGAUACAAUGGAGUACGCUUUUGAGAAAGUAUUUAACUCAGUAUAUGACUAUUUCAAUCCUGACGCCAUUGUGGUUCAGUGUGGAGCAGACGCAUGUGCGCGGGAUCCGAACGGUGGCGCCAAUCUCACUACACGCAGCUACUGUUAUUGUUUGAAGCUUGUGCUUGACAAAAGAAAACCUACCUUACUGUUAGGUGGAGGUGGAUACAAUCAUGCAAAUGCGGCACGAUUGUGGGUGUCUAUAACAGCUCUUGUAGCUGGAGUAGACUUGGAUGAUCAAAUACCAGACCAUACUCACUGGCCACGGUACGGUCCAGGCUACACAAUAGCAGUGGAGCCUACUAUGAGUAAAGAUAGUAACAGAAGUUCCUAUGUUGAAGAUUGUAUUAAGAAAAUAAAUGGUAAUUUAGAAAUGUAUUUAGGACAAUCUGAAACUACAGGACCAGCAGGCCCUAAAAGAAUAAGGACUGAACCAAGCCCGAUAAAACCAUCACAUGUAAAGACUGAUAGCAAAUUGACAUCAGUUCAGAAAGUAAGGAUAUUUAUUUCUGAACAACAAACUAAGGAGGAAAAACUUGUGACUGAUGAUGUUUAUGCAUUCACUGACUAAUGAAAUAUAUUUUACAUAACUUUUA